GGAACGAAUAAUUCUUCAUUAAUGUUUCAGGAAUGAGGCUUGGGAAUCUGUAUUGUGACCCUUCAAUUGCUAACGGUAUCCACAAGAUCACUGCACGACAGAGAUGGACGCCCAGCCAGAUGCAGCUUCAAAUUCUUGAGAGCAUAUUCGACCAGGGAAAUGGGACCCCAAGUAAACAGAAGAUAAAAGAGAUCACUUCAGAGCUAACCCAACAUGGCCCAAUUUCUGAAACUAAUGUUUAUAAUUGGUUCCAAAACAGGAGGGCCAGGUCGAAAAGGAAACAGCAGGUGCAUUUUUCAAGCAAUGCAGAAUCAGAAGUGGAAACUGAGACUGAAUCUCCCAAAGAAAAGAAAGCUAAGUUGGAUAACAUAAAUUCCCAUGAAAAUCAAACCUCAAGGGUGGAGGAUUUAUGCUUUCAGAGUCCAGAAGUGAGCUCUGAUGGGCAAUCUAUGGACCAACUUCCCAACAAAACAAAAUGUGGGCUACAAUCAAAUGAUAGCUCGAAGUGUUUGAAUGGUUUUGGCCAUAUUUCCUUCUACGAGAAUGUCGUUUCAAAUUCAAACCCAAGAGUGGAUCAUCUCAUGGGACAUAUGGAAGAUGCGGGCAGCUAUGAUCCCUUCCAUACAGGAGACGGCUAUGACAUGUAGGGUUGGUAUAUUCCCCUUCAUCAGCUUUAAUGUUGUCUGCUUUCUACCACAUUCCGAUAUAUUGGCUUGCCAUUUAAUGGAGUGGAGAGAAAUUUUUAACUUCUAAGCACAGGCAGAGCCCAACGAGAAUCGUUAUACAAAUCAUUAAAUGUGGUAACAGAUUUACCAUGAUAUACACGGUAUAGUGUAGAGAUAGAAUAACUUUACUGUGAACUUGUUGGCAAUUUGGAGCAGCUAAUCCUCAGGCUGAGACCUGUUUUAAACUUUUGAUUUGACUUCAUUGUGUGGUUUUGUGGUUGUCUGGGAACUAAUUAUAUGCAACAUGAUCCAUGCUCAUGAUUACUUUCCUUCAUAAUUGAUGGGUCUCUUGUUUAA